AUGAUUCCUCGGUCCGUCUAUAUAAGAACUGCUUCCUCAUUGAGAUCGAAUCGCGCUGGGAUUCCCAAAACAACAACUGCCAGGGCGGUACAUACGAGGCCAUCAUUCCAUUUCAGACCUGUUCAAGAAAACUUUACUCGCUUUCCGAAAUACUCUGCAAGAAACAUGGCGACUGCGUCGACAAUCAAGCUGGAAGCUGCGCAGAAGCCAGCAUUCUACGUCCCAGAUAUCUCGGAAGAGAGCGCAAAAGUAGCCUCUCAACUCUUGCAAGAAAAUCACGAGAAACACCAUAUUUUCUUCAAUCAAGAAGGCUUUCAUAACCAUAUUGUUCAUCAUCUCCUCACUCUGUUCGCGCUGAAAGCAUCUCCAGCCGAAAUCCAGAAAGGUUAUGAUGACAACUUGUCGUAUCAGCGGCCCGUGGUUGCGCUUGAUCCGGCCAUUGUAGAAGACAUGCGUAAUCCUGAGCGAUUCAAGACAUACCUGGGCCGUGAGAGGUAUUAUAACGACUACCUGGUGUUCUUCAAAGAAGAGAUCAAGAAUAAGGGGUGGGAAGCUGUGGUUACCGAAUACGUCUUCAAGGGGGAUGAAAGGGCAGACGACAUGCUGGUUCGGAUGUUUGGCGGCUUCCUCCAUCCGAUCAUUCACCUGGGUUUCGGUGUAGAGUUCCAGCAACCGGCCAUCAUCGCAGAAUCGCUCGCCCAAGCAGCCGUUCACGACGACUGGAUGAAGGCUCUCUUCAUAGACACCGAGGAGGCCAUUAAAUCCAACGGCUCAGACCCGCAAAAGACCCCCAGUCUAGUCAGUCUGCUAGAGAAGAUGCGUGCCGACAAAACAUUGAGCAGCUCCGCGCACUGGAAAGACGGCAACAAAAUCCGCGAUGGAAUCCUCAAGCGCGCACCAAAAGAAAUGAUCCAAUAUGCCAGCCAAUACGUCAUCACUCCCGACCAGCUCGAAGAGAAAACGGCAGAAAUGAUAAACGCUACAGUAUACUACACCAGCACGGCCCAACACCCCCCUCACGUCCCCAAAUUCGACUUCUUCUACAUGCACAGCGUAAACAGCAGCAUCUUCUUCUCCGCCUUCCUAAACGCCCCAUUCCUCACUGCCACCCAAAAAACACGCUUGCUAGAAUGGAAAGUCCGCUGCGACCUCGCCAUGUACGUCUCCCGUGGCAGUCCGCCCCUGCUCCUCUCCGAUAUCGAGAAUUACACGCCCCCGAGGGGAGAUGAGAGCUGGAGUGAGGUAUUCGAGCGCGUGAAUCGAUUGCCGGAUGAUGGACAUACUUGUAAAUUGGUUAGAGCGCUGGCGAAUGGGGAGAAGGCGUGUAAGCCGUUUGAAGGGAAGCAGGGGUUUGCAAUUCAGGGCGAGUUGUGGAGGAAGAUUGCGGGGAUGGUGGUUGAUAGCGUACAGGUUGGUGGUGGGCAUUGGGUUAGGAGUUGUGGGUUUGAGGAGGCGUGGGCGGAUGUGCCUUUGAGAGAGGGGGCGAAAUUGUAG